CUCAGAUGAGCAUCCUGCACACCUUUAUCCGUACUCAGCUGUAGAGCAGGUGAGGGUCAGCCACCUCCGACCCCUCCCCACCGCGUCCAUCCCUGCUGCCCAGCUGUUUGUGUCCUGUCUCCAACGCUCCAAGAGGGCUAUAAAACAUCAUCAUAGGGUCCAGAAGAGGAGCAGGGGACAGAGCAGCCAGAAGCCAGUAGGUUAGAUUUUUACUCCAGACAGCGAGUGGGUUCAUCAGACGUUUUGGUGGAUAUAAGAGCUCAAAAUAUCAACAUCUGCCACUCAAAAAAAACAGAUAAGAUGUACUCAAUCAGAAGCCUGCCCACUGUGGCUGACCGGGAGCAACGGGAGGAAGAUGGAGUGGAAGACAUGACACAGUUAGAGGAGAUGCAUGAAGGGGCUGUUCUGCUUAACCUGAGGCAAAGAUCUGCGCGAGAGCUUAUUUAUACAUACAUAGGUAGUAUUCUGGUGUCUGUGAACCCCUAUAAGAUGUACAACAUCUAUGGGACGGACAUGGUGCUGCUGUACAAGGGUUGUGCUCUGGGAGAGAACCCUCCGCAUUUGUUUGCCAUCGCAAACGCUGCUUAUUCCAAAAUGAUGGAUGCCAAACAUAACCAGGUCAUAAUAAUCAGUGGGGAGAGCGGGUCUGGGAAAACAGAGGCCACCAAACUAGUCCUUCGCUACCUAGCAGCAAUACAUCACAAAAGCAAUCUUGCGCAGCAGAUACUUGAGGCAGCGCCUCUCCUGGAAUCUUUUGGAAAUGCCAAAACUGUACGGAACGAUAAUUCCAGUCGCUUCGGGAAAUACAUAGAGGUCUCUCUGGAGGAUGGGGUGAUCAGUGGUGCCAUAACCUCUCAGUAUCUACUGGAAAAGUCCCGUAUUGUCUUCCAGGCCAAAGAUGAGAGGAACUAUCACAUCUUCUACGAGAUGCUGGCAGGUCUUCCCUCGCAGCAGAGGCAGGCUUUCUAUCUACAAGAGGCUGAGACCUACUAUUACCUCAACCAGGGGGGGGAUUGUGGGAUAACAGGAAAGAAUGACGCAGAGGACUUCCUGCGUCUGCUCGCUGCCAUGGAGAUCCUUCACUUCACCCCUGACGACCAAUCGGCCAUCUUUAGAGUUCUUUCUUCCAUACUGCACCUGGGCAACGUCUACUUUCAGAGAUAUGAGGCUGAUGGCCAGGAGGUGGCGUCAGUGGUGAGCGCUCAGGAGAUCAGAGUGGUGGCAGAGCUGCUGCAGAUCUCUCCAGAGGGACUACAGAAAUCCAUCACCUACAAAGUCACAGAGACAAUGAGGGACAAGAUCUACACCCCAUUGACUGUGGAAAGUGCUGUUGAUGCCAGAGAUGCUGUUGCCAAGAUCCUGUACUCGCUGCUCUUCCAUUGGUUAACAGAAAGGAUCAACGCUCAGGUGUACCCCCGCCAACACACCCUCUCCAUCUCCAUCCUGGACAUUUACGGAUUUGAGGAUCUGACCUUCAACAGCUUUGAGCAGCUUUGCAUCAAUUAUGCAAACGAGUACCUGCAGUUCUUCUUCAACAGGAUCGUAUUCAGAGAAGAACAGGAGGAGUACAGCCGGGAACAAAUCCCCUGGCAGGACAUCCCGUUCAGUGACAACCAGCCCUGCAUUGACCUCGUUGCCGCUAAGCCUCAUGGGAUACUGAGGAUCCUGGACGACCAGUGCUGUUUCCCACAGGCGACAGACCACACGUUCCUCCAAAAGUGUCACUAUCACCAUGGCAACAACCCACUGUAUCAGAAGCCAAAGAUGCCCCUCCCAGAGUUCACCAUCAAGCACUUUGCUGGCCGGGUCACCUACCAGGUUUACAAGUUCCUCGAUAAGAACUACGACCAGGUCCGUCAGGAUGUCCUGGACCUGUUCAUUCAGAGCAAGAACAAGAUGGUGUCAAACCUCUUCCUGGUUCACGCAGAGGUCACGGGUCAGCAGAGAGGAGGUCACAUGAGGAAGAGCAGUACAGUCACCAGAAGAUACCAAGCGCCCACCGUCAGCAACAAGUUCCAACAGUCCCUGCUGGAGCUGGUGGAGAAGAUGGAGAGGUGCAACCCUUUUUUUGUUCGCUGCAUUAAGCCAAAUAACAUGAAGCAACCAGGUGUAUAUGAGGACGACCUGGUCAGCAACCAGCUGAGACACUCGGGUGUCAUGGAGACCAUUAGGAUCCGUAGAGAGGGGUAUCCUGUCAGAAUGCCAUUCUACAUCUUCCUGUUCAGGUAUAAGUCCCUGGUGGGGUUGCGAGAGCUUCCAGCAGCAAAUGGAGAGAACUGUGUGAUAAUGCUCUGUAAGCUGUGUUUUCUCAGACCAGGAGCCUACCACGUUGGAGUCACAAAGUUGUUUCUGAAGGAGGACAUCUACCAGUUGUUGGAGUGUAAACGGCAGCGCUCCCGUCAACUUGCCGCCCUCACCUUGCAGCGCUACACCCGCAUGUUCUUCGUCAGGAAACGCUUCGUGGCCUUCCGCAAAAAGAUCAUCGGGCUGCAGGCCCAGUGCCGAGGCUUCCUCACAAGGAAGCGCUAUGUGAAAAUGAGGGAGAGUCUAGUUCGGUUCCGCUCUCUCGUCCACAUGUACGUCAACCGCAAGCAAUACAUCAAGAUGAAGUUUCAAGCCCAGAGGAAAGCUGAAGAGGAGAGGAGGAGGAGAGAGAUGGAGCUGACCAAGAGGGAGGUGGUGAACGUCACACACUUGGUGAUCCCUGCAGAGCUGGGCGCGUUGCUGCAGGCAGCAGGAGUCAGGAGGGAGUUACACUCAGACUGUUUGGCUCUGCUUCAAGCUCCUCAUAUCCAGGAAGAGGCUCAACUCACUCUGCCUCUGGACAUCAACAAUUACCCAUUCUACCGCUAUGUGCAGAUCUACUUUAGGGAACCAAAGUUUGGGAUGUUGAUGGCACCUCUGGAGUCACCUCUGACCCGUGUAGAGGAGGACCUGAGAGGAGAAGCUCUGGAGCUCUUCAUCAUGGUAUUACGAUUCAUGGGGGACCCUCACCUGAACGGGGCGCAGGAAAACAUGUUUGGGAAUUACAUCAUCCAAAGGGGCCUGUCAUCUCCAGGGUUACAGGACGAGAUCCUGGCUCAGGUCGUCAACCAGGUGUGGAGGAACGUAAACUCUGACAACGCUGAGAGAGGCUGGUUGCUGCUGCUGGCGUGUGUCUGCAGCUUCGCCCCGUCAACCAAGAUGGACAAAUAUCUGCUGAAGUUUGUAUCUGACCGUGCCCCUGCUGGUUGCCAGGCGUUGCUGCAACACAGACUCAUCCAAACCAAUCAGAAGACACAGCUAACCUCAGGCUCCACCCCCGAGACUGCACGGACCUAUCCGCUGUCACUGCUGGAGUGGACGGCCAAUAGGAAGAAGGCCAACAUGGUGUUGCACGUGCACUGUUCUGAUGGAGGAUCAUUCCUGUGUCCGGUCCAUUCCUGGACCAGUGGAGAGGAUUUAGCAGGGGACAUACUGCGCCACAGGGGAGUGUCCGACUGGUGGAGGGGGAGUUCGGUUCUGAUGAAGGAGCAUGGCCAGUGGGUGGAGUUAGCGGGUCACGACUAUGUGAUGGACCUGAUUGCAGACCUGGAGCUUCCGACUGACUUCCCAAAGCAGAAGAGUUACUUCAUCAUCAGCACUGACGACCCGGCCAGAGUCAGAGCAAACGCCAGCCUUGCUUUGUUUGGCAGUGGCUUUGAGUCAGAUGAGGAGCUUCCUCCUGCCUUUCCUCUCCGUAACAGCAGACCAGCCCACAGCCUGCCAGACUCUGACGGUUACUACAGCCACGUAGAGUCGGAUGCAUUCAGUGAAGGUCAGACUCAGAGAGGAAUGGACCGCUACCUGGACAGUCUGUUUGACCCCGUGCUGUCAGACAGCAGCAUCGACAUGGAAAAGACUGGAAGUUUAUCAGCAAGGAUGAAGGGAGGAGGAGGUAUAGGCAUCCCAGGAGGAGGAAGAGGAGAGGGUGAGAGUCAAUCGCCCCCCAGCCGGCCUUAUCCACCAGGAAUACAUCCUGGAGCUGUGCCAGUGCUUCCAGUAGCAGGAGGAAUGAUGCCACCCAUCCCUGCCAUGCCAAUCCCCUCUCACCACCAUCACCACGAACAACACCAACAACAGCAGCAGCAGCAGCAGCAGCAACCUCCACAACGGCCACAACAACAACAACAACAAUUCCACCAAUACAACCUCCCCCAACAACCCUACAACCAACAGACUUCUUCCACCAUCACUCCUGCCACACGUGUAGCACCCACCCCGUCACCCACUCGUGCCCCUGCUGCUGCUGCUGAUAGAGAAAAUACAGCAUCCCAUGUCAGUGGCGUCCCCGGUCUGCCGGGGGUGCCCUCGCUCCCUGCCACGUCUGUAGUUCCAGGCUUGCCUGUGAUGACAGGUGUGCCAGGAUCGGAGCAUGCAGUACUGACGCAACAGCAACAGGCCAUCAUCAACCAGCAAGCUAUCAUUCUGGCCCAGCAGAUGACCAUGCAGGCCAUUGCGAUCCAGCAGCAGAUGUUGUCCUCCUUCCCCCCAGUUGCCCCGGCGCCCCAGUCACCGCCCACACAGCAUUACACACAUAUGCCACAACGCUCUCACACAACCAGCCCUACCAAAGAGAGUGAAGAGUCGCCGUACAAGCCUGCCGCUGAUCAGCGAAAAAUGAACAGUGACAUUCCAGGUCCAACACGUGGCCCCCCUCCUGAGGACGUGGUCCGAUCCAGUGCCAGUAACACGGAGCGCAUCGAUCCCAGCCACGACAUCAAAGACAUCGUCAAACAGCACCAACCUGCUGACACAACAACUUCUAUUGGACCUGCCACACAAAGGAAAGGUGAUGGAAAGAUGUUUGCAAAGAAGCCAGACCCGCAUGAUGAAGCUAUGGAGAUCCUUAAAGAUCAGAUGGCAAACCCACCACAACCGACUCAAAGGAAACCUCAAUCCUCCCUACAUAAAGAAGAGGGAGGACUUAAGGUUACCAAGACGACCAAGUCUCGCCCUUCGGGGCCAACUAGCUCCACCAUAAGCCCCGCCCCUCCUCCAGUCUCUAGAGAGUUGCCAGUAGAGGAGGAGAUCAUUCAGACUCAACUUCACAGCAGGACCAGUGAUGAAUAUUACACAUACUCCAACGUCCCCUGGAAACUCUACAUGAGGAAAGAGGUUUUCUAUCCUAAAGAGACGUUCAACAGUCCGCUGGUUCUGGACCUGAUCUUCAGACAGGUUGUACAUGACACCUUCUCUGAGGCCUGCAUCCGUAUCACCCAGGAGGAGAGACAGAAGAUGAAGCAUUUAUUUGCUGAGAGCAAGGUGGAUCAGGCGUCAGGAACGCAUGAUGAGAACGUGAAGAAGAAAGUCGUCGCCAUGGCCAGAGACUUGUGGGAGAUAUACUUCUCCCGUCUCUUCCCCGCCUCUGGCAGUGUGGGGACAGGAGUGCAGGUGCUGUCUGUGUCUCAUAAAGGCAUCAAGCUGCUGAAGAUGGUGAGGAGUAGCUCUGCUGCUUCAGACUACUUCAGAGUGCUGAGGCCUUACAGCUACUCGGACAUCCUGUUCGUGUCGAUUCCGUCUAAGAACAUGCUGGAGUUCAACUUGACCAACGAGAAGCUGAUCCUGUUCUCGGCCAAGGCCCCGCAGGUCAAACACAUGAUCGACUACUUCCUCACAGAGCUUAAGAAGGACUCAGAGUACGUGGUGGCGGUGAGGAACUACAUCACUGAGGACAGGUCUCUGCUCAGCUUCCACAAAGGAGACAUUAUCAGACUGCAGCAGAUGGACGGGCUGGAGGCCGGCAAACAUUACGGCUGCAUAGUGAGGAAGAAGGUCAUGCUUCUGGAGGAGCUAAAGAGAGACACUCCUGACUUUGGCUGGCGGUUCGGGGCUGUGUACGGUAAAUCGGGAGUGUUUCCCAGCGAGUAUGUCCGCCCCGUGGCUGCUCCGGACUUCCUGGUUCUCCCCGCUGAGCGCGUGGAGCCUCGAGACAGACAGGGACGAGUCGCUGCAUCUGCUGCUAUCGCCGUGGCGAUGGGCUCGGCAGUAGCUGCCCAUGAGCUUGACCUCUCCACAGAGGUAGUAAAUGAGAUGUAUGGGGACGCUCUGAGCGGUGAACUGGACGAUCUGCCUCUGCACAGCGGCCAGUACUACAUGGCCGAGUUUGCCAAGAAGUACUUCAGAGAGGCGCAGAGGAACAAGAGUGAUCAGAAAGCCAAAAAGGGGAAGGAGGGCAGGGACCCUGUUGACAUGGUCAAAUUCUCCAAGUCUCCGAUCCAGGAGUCUCUGAUCGACUUCUCCGACAGCGGGAUGAAUAGAGUGGCUGCUGACAUCUUCAUAGCCAUAAUGAAGUUCAUGGGAGACUUCUCACUGAAAGGUCAGACUGAACAGGACCUGGUCACCACCAUACUGAAGUUGAGUGCCGAUCAUGGCCUGAUAAAGGACGAAGCCUUCUGCCAGGUGAUGAAACAAGUUACCACCAACACGAGCUCCAAACCGGACAGUUGUCAGAGAGGAUGGAGGCUGUUGUACAUCCUGACAGCUUUCUAUCGCUGCUCUGAUGUUAUGAAGCCAUUUCUGUUGAAGUUCCUGCAGGAAGCCUGCGACAGCCCCGGGAUGCAGUACCAAGGUAUUGCCAAGGCAUGUGAGCAGAAUCUGAGGAGGACUUUUCAAUAUGGCGGACGCAUACAGUAUCCCAACAGCAUGGAACUCAAAGCUAUGCUGGCUGGGCGGAGCUCCAAGAGACAGCUGUUCCUGCUGCCGGGUGGGAUCGAACGGCAUUUGAAAAUCAAGACGUGCUCUGUGGCAUUGGAUGUCAUCGAGGAGCUUUGCUAUGAGAUGGGACUACACAGGGUGGAGGCUUUGGAUGAAUAUGCCAUCUUUUUGGUCACUCACAAAGGUCAGAACGUGCGUCCCCUGAACAAGCGCGAGUACAUCCUGGACAUUGCUACAGAGGCAGAGCCAGUGGACACCAACUACAGUCUGUGGUUCAGGAGAGUCAUAUGGAGUCUGGCUCUCAAACUUGACAACGAACUCUAUGUCACCAUGCACUAUAACCAGGUGUUGCCAGACUACCUGAAGGCCUUGCUGAGUGUGGUUCCUCAGGGUAAGGCAAGUGACCCGCAUAUGCAGCAGAUCGCCAGACUGGCUGCCCUACAGCACCGUGCCAAGGACACCAUCUACCUGCCCACCCUCCGUGACGUGCAGGAGUGCGUUCCCCCACAGUUCUACAGCAAACAGGGUUCACAGCUCUGGCUGAAUAUGGCAACUCAACACAUGCAGCAGGUCCAGCCCUUAAACCCCAACCAGGCUCGUGCACAGUUCCUUGGUCUGGUCAGUGCCUUCCCCAUGUUCGGCUCCUCCUUCUUUUACAUCCAGAGCUGUAGCUCCGCCACCAUCCACGCCCCGUGCAUCCUGGCCGUAAAUCUGAAUGGACUGCACUUUCUUAACAAGGACACUCAUGAGGCCAUGGUGCGUUUCCCUCUGAAGGAGGUCCAGUCAACUCGCACCCAGAGACCAACUUCAGGCUCCAGUUAUCCAUAUGUGGAGAUCAUGAUAGGAGACCUGCUCAACCAGCGCAUCACACAACUACAGCUGGAGCAGGGCCUGGAGCUGUGCAGAGUCAUCGCCAUGCACAUGGAGAACAUGUUGUCAGUCAGAGAAAAGAGACUCACUUUGCCACCAAGUGAAAUCACCCUGCUAUAACACAAACAAGCAUAUGCGCACACACACACACACACACACACACACACACACACACACACACUAAGAGGAGUCGCACUUUAUGCCUCAUAAUUGUACUGCAUCUACCUCUAUUUUAAAAAUAGAAUAUUUUAAUAUGUAAAGCUAAUGUUUCUUUAAUGUCGAUGUAACAUCGAAUGUAUGGCGAUGAUAUUGAUGACCUAGUUUGUGAAAAAGGAUGUAUUCAGUUGGCGCUGCAACCAAAGAUUAUCUUCUUCAUU